UUAUAUUGAAUAACUUAAGUGAUAUAUGUGCACACAUACUAAUCAUAGGUCAAAACAGCGCUAAAUCUAGCUGAAUUAUAAAAGGCAGAAGUGGUAAAAUGAAGAGCCGUUUAGGGGCCAAAAGAGCCGGAUCUUCUUAGUGAGCUGAGCCAAAUGAUCUGGCUCACUAAAAAGAGCCGGAAUUCCCAUCACUACUGUCUACCAUGAGCUUGACGCAACGGUAAUGUAACUGCUCUCUAACAUCAGCAAGAAGGGACAUGCAGAUGGAUGUGAUAAUCUAUCUGUAGCUGUAUGUAUGUGUGCCUCUCAUAAUGUCUGCCCUCUAUCGAUGCGGUCUGCUCAGCCGUGUUUCCAGGUUAAAAGCAGGCUUGAUAAUACAGGUGAGGUAUAACGUUAGUGCGCCUCCUCCACAGUGGAAGACAGCUGACAGCCUCCUGACAGCCACAACAACACAGACUACUACUAACAUGAGCACUAUGGCUCACAACAAGUCAAGGAAGCUCAGUGCUUCUUGCUCAAGGUGCCUGUCAUCUGACACUGGAGCAGCUCGAGUGAAGAGGGUUUCUAUCGAGGGCAACAUUGCUGUUGGAAAGUCGACCUUUGCUAGACUCUUGCAGUCAGCUUGUCCGGACUGGGAGGUGGUGGCAGAACCUGUCAGCAAGUGGCAGAACAUUGAGAGUGGGACUUUGAAGGGGUCCCCUCAGCCGACAGUCAGCAACCUGCUGCAGAUGAUGUACCAGGACCCUCAGCGUUGGUCGUACACAUUUCAGACAUUUUCCUGUAUGAGCCGGCUGAGAACGCAGCUGGCGCCUCCUCCGGCUCGCCUGCUCAGCUCAGAAGGAACGCCCGUCCAGGUGUAUGAGCGCUCCGUCUACAGCGACAGAUACAUCUUUGCCCUGAACAUGUUUGAGCUGGGUUGCAUCAACUCUACAGAGUGGGCAAUCUACCAAGACUGGCACUCCCUCCUGGUGGAGCAGUUUGGACACCAGGUGGAGCUGGAGGGCAUCAUCUACCUCAGAGCCCCGCCACAGAAAUGUAUGGAGCGUCUGGAGCGCCGGGGAAGGGCAGAAGAGAAAGGAGUGAAACUGGACUAUCUGGAUAAGCUGCACGUUCAACACGAGAAGUGGCUUGUUGAGAAAAGCACUGAAAUACAUUUUGAGAAGCUGAAACAGAUUCCUGUGUUACAACUCGAUGCCAGCGUGGAGUUUCAGAGCGACCCAGAGGUGCAGGAGGAAUUUAUAACGAAGAUGAAGAACUUCUUCGGUGCUUUAUGAGAAGACAGUCGUCAGCAGAUGAGACCAGUCAGACCUCAGUCAGUCAACUGUGUUAACUGAUAUAUAACUACACAUGAGCCUCUCCUAGUGAUGGAAAUAUAAAGUAAUAUAAAAGGUUUUCUCUUUUUGAUAAGCUGCAGGACCAUAGCAUACAUGAAACACGCAGACUGAGUGUUGUCUGUACACAAAUGUGUUACCUCUAAACUUUUAGAUUGUUAAAUUUGUUUCUGCUUUUUGUUGUUUGCAUAUUUUAGUUUUGAGAUUCACUGCUUAGUUAAAGUUAUUUCUUAUCCUGUACUGUUUGUUCCACUUGAAAUCCAAACUAAGUCUGUACUGUGACUAUUAUGAACACAGUUUACUGAGCAUCAUACCAUUUUUGUGUUUGUUACUGUUUUACACAUUCCUGACUGACAACGAUCACGCAAAUAAGACAUAAGAAGUAUUGUAUUUUUUGUUUUUUAAUAAAUAAAAAUCUAUUCAUA